UAUCAUUCGUGCGCGCUCGGCUCGCGACGCCGUCGAUCCAUCCGAGUGUCGGUAUUUUGACGAACAUCAAAGGAAUGUUACAUUACAAUUCGCUGCUAGUGUGUACGGUAAACUAGUUGCUCGCAGCGAAUCGCCCUGAUCGCUGAUCCUCAUAUCAGUACUUUUAUUUGACUCAAUUAAAUUUUACCAAUAAGUGUUUUAUUUAAAUCAAUUAAUUUGAAAUGAAUUGGACUAACGAAAAAGUGUUAGAUCUCAUUGAAUGCUACAAAAAUAAACCGGUACUAUGGUUCCCAAAGGACCCAAAGUAUUACAACAAAUUUGCGAAAUCCGAUGCGUGGGAUGAUUUGGCCAAAGAAAUGAAAAUUACACCAGAUGAAUGUAGGAAAAAAAUAACCAGCCUUAAUGCAUCAUUUCGACGAGAAAAAAUGAAGACGAAAAAUAGUCAGAGAACUGGCACAGGAACAGACGAAGUUUAUGAGAGCACAUGGUUCGCAUUCAAACAUUUUGCCUUUAUUAUGGAUAAGGACAAUCCACGACCUACAUUAGAUACUGUCGUCACAGAACAAGUUGAAAUUGAAAAUCAGAAUAAAGAACCCGAAGUCGAUGUGUUACAGUCCACUGAAAACUUAAAUGAUUCAGUGAUUUUCAAUACUCCAUCAUCUCAUCCAAAAAAAAAAGAAAAAAACAGAUGAUGAUGUUAUGCUUGACCAGGCAUUUUCAAUUUUAACUGCUGCGGCAAAACCGGUAGAAGAAACGGAAUGUAGUGCGUAUGGAAAAUACAUAGAAACUAAGCUACAAAGUUUUUCCCCACAAACAAGAAAUGCUGUUCAACAUGAGUUCGGUAACAUCAUUUUUAAAGCUUGCCAGGGGUUUUAUGAAUAUAACUAUCCUGCUAAUAAUAUGAAUCCUCUUCAUAUGUCACUUUCUAACUACAAUCCUAGCCCUAUACCUUCUACUUAUAUUCCUAGUCCUUUGUCUUCUACAUACAA